AUGGCGCCCGCCAACUGCUCUCUGCAGAGCGCUUGGGUGGAGGGCUCGGUGGCCAUGCUGCUCAUACUGGAGUUUGGCCUGGGCCUGCUGUCCAACGCCGUGGCCCUGUGGGCCUUCUGCCUGCGCCUCCAGGUGUGGAAGCCCUACGCCGUCUACCUGUUCAACCUGGCCCUGGCCGACCUGCUGCUGAGCGCCUGCCUGCCCUUCCGCAUCGCCUUCUACCUGAGGCACAAGAAGUGGAGCUGGGGCCACGCAUCCUGCCACGCGCUGCUCUUCCUGCUGUCGGUCACCCGCGGGGCGGGCGUGGCCUUCCUGACCGCCGUGGCCUUGGAUCGCUACUUGCGCGUGGUGCACCCUCGGUUCAAGGUCAACGCGCUCUCGGUGCGCGGGGCGCGGGUGGUCUCGGCCUGCGUGUGGCUGCUCGUGGCCGGCCUCGCCCCCCAGGGCCUGCUGCUCCCGGGGGCGCCCAGCAACAGCACCGAGUGCCGCGGCCAGCCCCGCGAGGACCUGUCCGUGGGCGCCGUGUGGCCGGAGGCGCUCCUCCUCCUGCAGUUCGUCCUGCCCUUCGGCCUCAUCCUGCUCUGCAACGCAGGCCUCAUCCACACGCUGCAGGCCCGGCUCCGUGAGCCCGGGGGACAGCCCAGGCUGCGCAGGGCCCGGGCCCUGGUCACCACCGUGGUGGUCCUGUUCGCGCUCUGCUUCCUGCCCAGCUUCCUGGUCAGGGUUCUGGCGGACGUCUACCGGGGGUCGCAGAGCUGUGCAGUGCUCAGGGCCGUGGAGCACGCGUCGGACGUGGCCGGUGGCCUCACCUACCUCAACAGCGUGCUCAACCCGGUGGUCUACUGCUUCUCCAACCCCACCUUCCGCGUGUCCUACAGAAGGGCCUUCAACACCCUGCGAGGCCGGCGCCGGGGGCCUGAGCCCCAGGACCUGGACCUCAGAGACUCGGAUUCCUGA